CUACAGCUGACUUGAGUAAAUAAGUAGAAUUUUUUAAUUAAGUUUUAAUUUGUUUUUACUGUCAGUAAAUAGUGACAUCCAUCAACUAGCAUAUAUAUUAAUAUUUUAAGCAAUCUAGUCACCAAUGAACGACUCUGUUAUGAAAUAACAUUGAAUAUUAUCAGAUGAGUCAUUCAAAGUUGCGCAUUAUCAAUUUGAGAUUAUAUCAAUUGAUCAUCAUGGCAUCAUAGUACUACAUAAAUUGAUCAUCAUGGCAUGGUUAGGAGAUAUUGCUAACAACGUUUUCCGGAACAUUGUCUUUGGAAACACCGAUCCUAAUGUAGUGUUGGAAGUUCGGCCUGACGAGUAUAGUAAUCGUCACAUUCAUUGUCGAGAAGAUGGGAUUAUGUUGUAUGGACCAGGUGAUCGUUAUCAUGACAAAUAUGAAAUUGUCUUUCAUAGGCCAUGUCAAGAAACUUUGUCACAAGCAUUCAGUCUAUUCCGAUCGGAUGAUCUUGAGAUGGCAGAAAUAAAAUUUACUGUUUACAAAGAUGAAGUUCCAAUACUAGUACAAUCAUCUAAAGAACUAUAUAACACAACCAAGCUUCAAAAAUUAUGUGACACAGUUACUAAACAUCCAACUUGGACACCAGCACAUUUAGCAGCACAUUUAUCACUCUAUGAUGCAUUUAAAAAUGUUGUAAUCAAAGAGAAAUUAAAUGUAGGAGAUAGUGCUACUGGAGCAUCACCUCUUCAAGUAGCUAUUCAAAACAAUAAUCUUCAAAUGGUACAACUAUUGAUUAAUGAAGGCGCUUCACUAGAACAUUUAGAUCAUAAUGAAAAUACUGUCUAUCAUUACGCCGCUGGAUCAAGUAAAGAUAUUAUUUUUGCAUUAGGAGCUAGCUUACGAAAAAUUUUAAACAGUCGCAAUGCCACUGGGCAAACUCCACUGCAUGUUGCUUGCCAAAAUGAUAAGCCAGAUUGUGUAAAAGCACUUUUAAUGAUUGGAGCAGAUGUUAAUAUGUCAGCGAAAGAAAGCACAACAAAUGGUCCAAGUUAUGUUGGAGAUUUUAUGAGUGAUAAACCCAACUCUUUAUCUGCUGAAGAUAUGAAGUUUGGAGGGACUCCUCUGCAUUGGUCAUCUAGUCAUGAGGUAGUAAAUGCAUUGAUAGAAAUGAAUUGCAACAUCAAUGCAGUCAAUUUUGAUGGUAGAACUGCAUUGCAUAUCAUGGUGAUGAGGAAACGAUUAGAUUGUGUUGUCGCACUUUUAAGCCACAUGGCAUGUAUAAAUAUUGGGGAUCAUCAAGGCGAUACACCUUUACAUUUAGCAGUACAAAAAGGUGCAUCAAUCUCAAUUGUACAAAUGCUCAUUGGUUUCGGAGCCGAUAUUAAUGCUAAAAACAAGAACAAUGAAACUCCAAGACACUUGAUUAAUAUAAAAAGCAGUGAAGGAGAUAAAAUUUUAUAUAUUUUGCAUGCCGUUGGCGCUCGACGUUGUGAUUUAAAUAUGAAAAAUUGUGAUGAGGGCUGUAAAUUUGGUGAAACAUUCAAUGGAUCAGCUCCACCAGAACCACCGACUGCAAUUCCCAGAACAGUCCUUGAUCAGAUGCUAUAUGUAUCAAGCAUGGCAAAAAUGGCAUCGCUUGGCACAAAAAAAUUAAAAGGUGGUAGAUUAUUAUGCUUAGAUGGUGGAGGAAUACGUGGUCUUGUUCUAGUUCAAACUUUAAUUGAAAUCGAAGCUAUUUUGCAAAAAUCUAUCGUCCACUGUUUUGAUUGGAUUGCGGGAACGUCAACAGGUGGAAUCCUGGCUCUUGGUUUAGCUGCUGGUAAAAAUUUAAGAGAAUGCCAAGCUCUCUAUUUUCGUAUUAAACAGGAUACAUUCGUAGGAUCAAGGCCGUAUAGCAGUGAAAAUCUAGAAAAAGUUUUAAAAGAUAGUCUUGGUGCUGAAACUGUAAUGGCAGACAUCAAAUCACCAAAACUCAUGAUAACUGGAGUACUUGCUGAUCGAAAACCUGUAGAUCUUCAUCUCUUUCGUAACUAUGACUCGCCAAGUGUUCUAUUAAAAGUUCCACAUAAUUCUAAAUUUAAGCCAACUCUAUUGCCUGAAGAACAAUUAUUGUGGAAGGCAGCAAGAGCUACUGGAGCUGCUCCAUCAUUCUUUAGAGCCUUUGGUCGAUUCAUUGAUGGAGGAUUAAUUGCUAAUAAUCCUACUCUUGAUGCCAUGACAGAGAUCCACGAAUACAACUUAGCAUUAAACGCUCUUGGUAGAGAUGAUGAAGCUACUCCAUUAUCUUUAGUUGUUUCACUUGGUACUGGAGCAAUUCCUGUCACACCUUUGAAAGACAUUGAUGUUUUCCGACCAGAAAGUAUAUGGGACGCAAUGAAACUCGGCAGAGGAAUUUCUGCUUUAGGAAAUCUUCUCGUCGAUCAAGCAACCGCAGCCGAUGGACGCGUCGUCGAUCGUGCAAGAACUUGGUGUUCCAUGAUAGGCAUUCCAUAUUACCGUUUCAAUCCUCAAUUGUCCAGCGUAGUAGCAAUGGAUGAGAAGAACGACGAAAUAUUGGCUGACAUGAUUUGGACUGCGAAAGCGUUUAUGCAUGCUAAUAGAGAUCAAGUAAAAGAGUUGGCUGCAGUCAUGGCUCGAGAUCCGUAAUGAUAGGUAACUUAAAUUACGAAAUACAAAUUUAUUAAUACAUUAUAUGUAACUGAGUACUGAAGAAUAGAUCUAUAACUGGAAUUUAUAAUAUCGUGACCUACAUUUCAACACUAUGCACGUGCGUCUUCUAAACGAUUAACUUUUCAAUUUUUUUUUUGCAACAAAAUUCAUCAGUAGUUUAUUUAAAUGGAUUUGCAUGUAAGAACGUAGUCAAAAUAAAUUCAAUAUUAUUCUAAAUACAUAGCAAUUAGAUUAAAUUCAAUAAAUGAGUACGCAGUGCUUCCUUACGUUGUAAUAUCUCAUAGUUUUUUGAGUAUUAAUUUUUAAACAA